CCCCUUUGCCUGAAUAAUGAUGACGCGUUUGGUAUCAGUCUUGAUAUCAACGGUUGUACUUCACGGCACCGCCACAGAUAGUUGGAAGCUGAAGUAGGUCAAUACCAAGCGACUCGGAUUACUUUACCCUGCAUUUACUGCACGCUUGAGGACUCAAGCCUCAUCAUGGCCGAAAUGGUUUCUCUGAUGAGUCUGGAGGAUGAGCUCACAUGCAGCAUCUGUCUGAGCACCUUUGACUGUCCGGUCACCACCCCCUGCGGACACAACUUCUGCCAGGACUGUCUGCUCGCUACCUGGAAGGAAACGUACAGCUGUCCUCAGUGUCGGACCCACUUCGCCACCAAACCGGAGCUGAAGAAAAACACGGUCCUGAGCACCGUCGUGGAGACUUUCAACCUAAGGUUGAACAAGAACGAAGAAAGCCUGAUUAAAGAGGAGAAAAAACCCGAGGAGAAGAUGGUCAUUCGGUGUGAUACAUGUAUGGAAGCAGAGGCGUCCCAGACGUGCCUUACCUGCAUGGCCUCUUUCUGCGAGGAGCACCUGCGUCCUCACCGGGAAAACCCAAUUUUCCGUCUCCACCAGCUGAGCGAACCUGUCGGUGACCUGUCGGAGCGCAUCUGCCCGGACCACCACAAGCUGAUGGAGCUCUUCUGCAGCCAGCAUGGCCGUCCAAUCUGCAGCCUCUGCCUUCAACAUGUGCACAAAGGCUGCUCCUUCACCUCUCCUGAGGAGCAGAGGAACCUGAAAGAGUCUGACCUGAGGGACAAGUUGGGUUUGCUGGAUGAGAAGAUUGUGAAGAAUGAGACUGUUAUAAAUCAAAUGAGGGACAUGCAAAACAAGUUGAAGGACUCAGCAACCAACAGGAAGAAAGCUGUGGCAGCUGACUAUCAGCAGAUGCGGGACAUGUUGACCCGAGAGGAGCGCGAUAGUCUGAUUGCAGUCGAUCGAGAGAUGGAGAGUGGUCAGACCAAACUCAGGACUCUCAUGAAAAAGUUCACUGAGAACAUUGACAACAUGAGCAAAGCUAAAGAAGAUAUCCACAGUCUUCUAAGUCAGUCCCAAACACUGGCCUUCCUACAGACCUCAUUUACCAUGCCCCCAGCCAUAAACUUUGACCCUUACACCCCAAGAAUCAACCUGGACUCCAAGAAGGUGAUGGCGACACAGGCCUCUGGUGCUGCUCUGAAGGAUUAUCUGACAGAGAUCUUUAAACAGCCUGUUGAGGCCAGAGUGCAAAUGAUUAAACCAGGUGAAUAUUCAGGAAUUAACAUUGAUACUGUUGCAUCUGGUGAAAGAGCAGCCUCAGCAUUUACACCUUGGAACCCUGGACGUCACCAGGAACCUGAGUUUCAGUGCCCUUCAGGGCUUCCUGGAUUUCCCAUGUCCCACACUCCAGGUCCAGGUUCCCAACCAAAAGCAGGCCCAAAGAAGAAAGCUCCAAAACAAACCAAAAAACCUCCACAAUCUGCUGAAGACAUCCAGAGAAAAAAACUAGCCCAGUCAAUGGAAAACCUGCUGGAUUUUGGUGUGAAAGACAAACUCAGAGGCCGUCCUCAUCCAGGUGAACCCAAUCAGACACCAGAAACUACAGACAUUCCUCCAAACAUUCUAUCUGCUGAAAAAAGAACCGAGCUUCUGAAAUAUGGAACGGUGCUCACCUUGGAUCCAAGGACAGCCCACAAACGCAUCAUACUGAGUGAGGACUUCACGAAGGCCUCUGUAUCAGAUGAGCACGCAAACUACCCCAACUGCCCUGAACGCUUUGCUGUCUGCUCCCAGGUUCUCACCUCCAAGGGUUUCUCUAGAGGGCGCCACUACUGGGAAGUCCGUAUGAGCAGCAACAACUUCAUUGGCAUAGGUUUAGCUUAUGGUAGCAUUGACCGCAAAGGUCCCACCAGUCGGCUGGGCCGUAACGCUCAGUCCUGGUGUGUUGAGUGGUUCAACGUCAAGCUGUCAGCUUGGCAUAACAGCAGCGAGACCGUGCUGCAAAAUCCCAGUCCAAAGCGUGUAGGGGUGCUGUUGGAUUGUGAGGGGGGCAUGGCUACGUUCUAUAACGUGGCAGACAGGGCGUAUCCCCUCCACUCCUUUGUGUUCCCCUUUGCUGAAGCUGUGUAUCCAGCUUUCUGGAUUUUCUCAAGUGGCUCAUCCAUUUCUUUGUGCAAGCUGCAGGCAUGAGGAGCAUAUGCACAUAUAAUUACACACACACACACACACACACACACACACACACACACACACACAACGAACCAAGAAAAUAAAGGAAUAUGUUAGUGGUUAUUCUGAAAAGACACAUACAGCUUGGAGUGUCACAGCUGAAAUGGAUGUCAAGAGUUAACAGAGCCAAUGUCAACAGCUAUUACCUCUACCUAUGCUAGCUGUGAUUUACACCGGCAGAAUUUGUGGUUAUGAGAUCACAAAAAUAAAGCUGGCAGAGCGUCCGUCUCUGGUAAAAUAACUUGCAUAAACUGCGUCCCAAGUGGCUGUGAUGCACUUACAGUUUAACAGAACACGCAUAACUCACUGUACACUUACUGUACAGCCUGUUUAUGCCAGUGUGUGCCCUGCAUCAACUGUGCAGACUAUUAUACACUGUAGAAUGGUAAUGGAUGUGAAUUUUAUCACACACAUCAGUACGGUGUUUUGAUAUAAAGGCUGCAUGCGAAAAAUUCCUGAUUGUUAUGGAGUUAGUGUGGCUAUCAAAGUUAUAGGGUUGGGCGAUACAGCAAAUAAUUUGUCACAGUAACUCUUGAUAUUGUGUCAUGGUAUGAGUAAUUUCUGGUGACCUUAAAGAUUCAGAUUGUGAAAACGACUAAUGGACAGCAAACAAAAAAAAAAAGCUUGUCAGUAUAAAUUCUUAUAAAUCCUGCAUGUGAAGUCCUGUUUGCUGUGGAGCUGCUGACACUCAAAAGUUUCCUCUGAAAGAGCGCUCAUGUUUUCCAUCUAUCAUACUUUAUCUAUCCCUGUUUGUGCAAUUGUCCUUUCCUAAAGGAUUGCCACGUGAUUGGAUAGAAAAUCCGCUGUUUCUGUGAUGCUAUCUAAUGUACACAAGCAGUGUUCCCCACAGACAACCUAUUGAAGUGUCUCAUUUUCAUAUAAUUUUAUCACCAAAUCAUUAUAUCAUAUCGAUCAGUGAAUAUAUUGUUUGUUUCACCCAGCCCUAUAUUCCUACUUCCUGAACUCUUUGACUGGUUUGGCGGAUGAGAGAACAGACGUCACAUAGACUCUGUUUGUAUCAAGUUCACAGUCUCUUAUUUUUUCCUUUUAUACUUUAAUGGCGUUUUGCCUUUAUUGGUGGAGGUUUGAUCCGGGAAAUAAUGGGUGGAGAUAGGAAAGGAUGAUAAGCAGAAAUGUUCCGAGGCCAGAUUUGAACUUGGGAUGUUAUUUGCAUGGUAUAACCCAUGCAAAUAACAAGCUGUACAUAUUAUAUCUGUGGCAGGGACACAAAAACAAGAAGUCAUCUGAAUGCUCUGUUGGCUUUUCGUUAGGUGGCGGGAAGGUAGUAAGAUGUACUGUGUAGUUUCACAGGGGGAAAUUAUUUGUUGCUUGAUACAAAGUUUACCCUGGCCUGUAAGACGUGUUUGCUGAACCUUGGUGACAUCAGUUACCGCGGCUCAUUUCCUGAUGUGGCACCACUGGAGUCCAUCGGGUGGUAAAGUGGUUGGUCAGUGUGCAUAGUGAUCACUCUCAAUCAGAUGUAACGUGAGCGUGCUCGUCUUGCAGGUGCUAAAAGAUGUGAAAUGACAAACCAUAUGGGUGUCAAGCAGUAUAGAUCUGUCUACACAGUGUAUAGUACAUGAACAGUAAAGUUAGGCAUUUGAACAUGGUUCUCUUUGUUGUCUUGACAAAGGCGGUCUAAAUACCAACUUCACCGCAUUUCAGAGGCACAGAAGACACUGUUGUCCAGAGUGACUUAACUGAUUUAACUGGUGAAGGUUCAGACAUCGGUUAACUGAUGGUUAAGUGAAAACAUCUCUGUGAGAUAUUUCUGCAAGUGCACUUCAUGUAUGGGCCUUUUUUUGUAUGAGGUUACAUGCUGGUUUAAAUAGGCACUAUGCAGUGUUGCACUAUUGCACAGAACGUCUGAACCUGAACAGUGAUUUCCGCUGUUUUUACUAUUUGCCGUUGCUUAUCUUCACAAUUGAGAGAGCUUUACCAAACCAUAACGAGUGCCAAAGUCCUGAUAUUGUGUUGACACUUGUUGAGUCCUAAAUAAUACUAUAGUGGUGUCCGUACUCAGUAGAAUCAAGGAAGAGUUGUGUUAUUGGCAACAUUUGUCUUUAUUGGUUAUUGCUUCUUGCUUCUUGCUUCUGUUUUUGGCUCGUAAAAUGUAUCAUGGACCAACCGCAGACUUCAGUGGCUCACACAUGAUUUUGUUGAUCUGUUGUUGAUUGUACCGUGCUGAUCUUCAACUGAAAUGUAGUUCAUUAUUCUUUGCAUCAAAUAUUUUCAAGCGUUCCAGUGCAUUGAAUUUUACUCAAACUGCUGUUUGUUGAACCAGCUGUUGUAUAAUCCUUCAUUGUUCAAUUCAUUGUUCAAUUGUCCUGUGCUCAGUUUGUGAAACAAGUAAAUCUAAGUGCUAGUUGAUAGAUUAUUUCAUAUCUGUGUCUUCAGUGUAGUACAUUGGUUAAAUUUGUGAAUAUAUGUGUGACUGUCUUAAAAUUAAAAAAAAAAAUUAAUAGGUAUUAUGUUUAAUAUAACUAAUAUCUGUUUAUUACAAAUUAAUGUGACUUCUAUUAAUAAAUGUUCUUUUCUCUGA